AAGUAUUACGGCCUAGUAUUCAAUUAUUCAUAUAAAAAGUGAUUUUUAGUGAUAACAUUUAUUAAAAAUGUACUCUGUAAAAAUUGUGCUUGUGACGGUGGUAUGUGGAUUUUUGGUACAUCAUGUGCUCAGUCAAAUAGAUGGAUAUGUCGCAGGACAAGACUAUCCCAUUUACAACGAAGUUCCCCAAGGACUGCAAUUCAGGUGCGACCAAAGGCUACCAGGAUAUUACGCCGAUCCGGAAGCCCAAUGCCAAGUAUGGCAUUGGUGUCUUCCCAACGGUCAAAAAUUCAGUUUCUUGUGUCCCAAUGGAACUCUCUUUAAUCAGUACGCAAGGGUAUGCGAUUGGUUUUAUAAUGUGGAUUGUGCAAAUGCAGCCAGUCUUUACGGAGUGAACGAAGAUCUUUACAGGGUUCCUGAUUACAGUUACCAACAGCAGCAGCAACAACAGCCCCAAUAAGAUGCUAUAUUCAAUGAGUGAGAAAAAGUUA